AUGUUUCUUCGCAAAUUCAGCCUUAAACCUCAGUGUUCACCAUGGAAGCUUCUACUCGCCACCUCUACUCUUCUGUUCUUAGUUGCUAGUUCAAUUGGAUCUCCUGUUGAAACUCAGAAAAGUGGAAGAUCAUCUGUGUUCUCGCUAUUUAACCUGAAAGAGAAGAGUCGAUUUUGGAGUGAGGAUGUUAUACAUCAUGAUUUUGAUGAUUUGAAGUAUUCAAACCAUGGAAAAGCGAGCGCAAUUAAUUACACCAAUGCAGGUAAUAUUGCGAACUAUCUAAAGCUGCAGGAAAUUGAUUCCAUCUACCUUCCCGUUCCUAUCAACUUUAUUUUUAUAGGAUUUGAAGGGAAGGGCAACCAAGGAUUCAAGCUUCUUUCGGAAGAAAUUGAGCGUUGGUUUACAAAAAUUGAUCACAUCUUUGAACACACACGAAUUCGACAUGAAGAAGUUCUAACUGCAUUCUACAGAACAACUGUAGAUAAAAUGCAAUGGCACCCCCAUCCUGUUGCCAGUCACAUAAAUUACAACUAUUCUGUCCAUGCUAUUGAAAUGGGAGAGAAGGUUACUUCCAUAUUUGAGCAUGCCAUAAAGGUCUUUGGUCGCAAGGAUGAUCCAGUUGGCAGUAGUGGGAAUAAUGAUGCUGAUUGGCAAGUAGAUGUUGAUAUGAUAGAUGGUCUUUUGUCUAGCCUGGUUGAAUACCUUCAACUUGAAAAUGCAUAUAAUAUUUUUAUUUUGAAUCCCAAGCGUGAGGAGAGGAGGACUAAAUAUGGGUAUCGGAGAGGUUUAUCCGAAUCCGAAAUUAACUUGUUAAAGGAGAAUAAGAGUUUGCAAGGGAAGCUUCUUCAGUCAGAAGUGGUUCCUGAAGAUGCUCUUGCAGUGCUUCCAAAGAUUCAACGACCAUUAUAUUCAAAGCAUCCAAUGACGAAGUUCGCAUGGACAAAAACAGAGGACAUUGAUACUGUGGAAUGGUAUAAUAUUUGGCUUGAGACGCUAGAUAAUUAUGGGAAGUUGCGUCAAGGGAUUGAGAUAGCUAAAACUAUUGAGGCCAAAGCUUUACAGUUACUGAAAGGGAAGGAUCAAGAUCUAAAGCUCCUAUUGGAAAGGGUAUUAAAAUCUGGGGAUUAUGGUGGUCUUCGAGCAGAAUGUCUCACCGACACAUGGAUUGGAAAAGACAGAUGGGCCUUUAUUGAUUUAAGUGCCGGUCCUUUUUCAUGGGGGCCCGCUGUUGGUGGGGAAGGCGUGCGUACAGAAGCAAGCUUGCCAAAUGUGGAAAGGACAACUGGUUCAGCCUCAGAAAUUUCAGAAGAGGAAGCUGAAGACCUUCUGCAAAAUGCUAUUCAUGAGAAAUUUGCUGUAUUUGGUGAUGAUAAAGACCACCAGGCCAUUGAUAUUCUUCUUGCUGAGAUUGAUAUAUAUGAGCUUUUUGCCUUUAAACAUUGCAAGGGAAGGAAAGUCAAACUUGCUCUUUGUGAAGAACUUGACGAGAGGAUGCGGGAUUUGAAAAAUGAGUUACAGUCUUUUGAAGGUGAAGAAUACGAUGAAAGUCAUAAGGCAAAAGCCAUAGAGACGUUAAAGAGGAUGGAGAGCUGGAAUUUAUUCAGUGACACACAUGAGGAGUUCCAAAACUACACAGUUGCACGUGAUUCGUUUCUUGCACAUCUCGGUGCGACACUGUGGGGAUCUAUGAGACAUAUUGUAUCACCUUCAGUUUCUGAGGGGGCCUUCCAUUAUUAUGAGAAGAUAUCCUUUCAGUUGUUUUUCAUGACACAGGAGAAAGUUAGACACAUUAAACAACUUCCUGUGGAUAUGAAUGCUAUAAAGGAAGGACUCUCUUCAUUGAUGGCACCUUCUCAGCAACCAAUGUUCAGUCCGCACAUGUUACCUCUGUCAGAUGAUCCUGAUUUAGCAAUGGCCUUCUCUGUUGCACGACGAGCAGCUGCUGUGCCUCUGUUACUUGUUAAUGGAACGUACCGGAAGACAAUUCGCACCUAUCUUGAUUCUUCCAUUCUGCAGUAUCAGUUGCAAAGGCUAAAUAAACAUGGUUCUCUUAAAGGUAGGCAUGCAAAUUCCAGGUCCAUGCUAGAGGUUCCAAUCUUUUGGUUCAUUCACAGUGAACCAUUGUUACUAGACAAGCAUUUUCAGGCUAAAGCACUAUCCGACAUGAUUAUUGUCGUUCAGUCAGAGCCCUCUUCUUGGGAAAGCCAUUUACAUUGUAAUGGCCACUCACUUCUAAUCAACUUGAGGCAGCCUAUAAAAGCUACAGUAGCUGCUACUGCUGAGCAUCUUGCGGGUUUGCUUCCUCUUCAUCUUGUUUAUGGUCAAGCCCGUGAGUCUGCACUGGAGGACUGGAUAUGGUCGGUAGGAUGCAAUCCUUUCUCUGCUACAUCACAAGGUUGGCGCAUUUCACAGUUCCAGUCUGAUUCAAUUGCUCGAAGUUAUGUCAUCACAACUCUUGAAGAAACGAUUCAACUGGUUAAUUCUGCCAUUCAUCGCCUACUAAUGGAACGUACUACUCUAAACACUUUCGUGAUCUUCCAGUCCCAGGAGCACGAGCUUGUAAACAAGUACAAUUUUGUUGUUAGCCUUUGGAGAAGAGCAUCAACUGUCACUGGAGAAUUGCGAUAUGCUGAUGCAUUGAGGCUACUAAACACUUUGGAGGAUGCAUCGAAAAAAUUUGUUGAUCAAGUUAAUACGACCCUUGCCAUUCUCCAUCCAAUUAACUGUACAAAAGAGAGAAAAAUGCAGAUGGUGUUUGAUGUGACAACUGUUCCUGCUUUCUUGAUUGUUCUAGGGUGCCUUUAUAUGGUAUUAAGACCAAGGCGACCAAAACCAAAGAUUAAUUGA